CCGAACUAGAAUGUAUGAUCGACGGUUAAAUGAGGAUGCGAUAAACGCCCAUAAUGAGUACAGAAAAGUUCACGGAUGUCCUGCUUUGACACUGGAUAACAAGUUGGCCGAGGGUGCCCAGAAAUAUGCGGAGAGACUGGCCCAACUUAGGAAGCUGAUACAUAGCGACUCUAAGGAAUACGGCGAGAAUCUGGCAACAAGCAUAUCUUCACAAAAAGCCACACUAACAGGCUCCGAUGCAUCAAAGAUGUGGUACGACGAAAUAAAACUACACGAUUUCCGUGGAGAGUUUAACGAGAAAUCUGGUCAUUUUACCCAACUAAUUUGGAAAUCGACCGUCAAAGCUGGUUUUGGCGUUGCCUCGACCAAGGACGGUCAUCAGGUUUUCGUUGUUGGCCGCUACAUGCCACCCGGAAACAUGUUAGGCGAAUUCUUCAAAAACGUCCCACCAGUACUUACAGCAGGAGCAGCACAAUUCAACCCUAAACAUAUCCUGCCGACGAGGCCUCGCCCGAAAAUCAUCAUGCACGGGAAUUUUAGACGGAAGCGUGAACGACAUACCGCACCAUCCAUUGCCAUUGUUUGAAACAAUACUUAUUGCUAUUGUUUGUCAAAUAUAAAUUGACUUUUUUGCCCAAAUUUUUACUUGGUAUAAUGCUGUUUUGACGCACAAUAUUUCCUGUAAAAUAUUCCGAAAUAUUUACUAUCAUACUUCUCUGUUAGCAUUUGUCCUGUGUACCUAAACAUGGGCAUAUUUUGACAUAUCGAUCAGUUGAGGUUUUUGCUUACUCGGGGAACUUCACCCCGCUUUUUGGUGAUCCUUUGUGACCAUUGCCUUUUGGAAAUCAAAAUUGGAAACGUU